AUGUCGGAGCUGAGCAUGUCGCACGUGCAGAAAGCCAUCGAUGAACUGCAAGAGAAACGAAACGAAGCGAUUGAAUACACGACUGAGAACAGGAAAUCUUUAGACGUUAUCCCAGAGGCGGAUGAUUUAGAUCAAUUAGAAAGAGAGGAAGAGGAAGAGUCCAGCUCAGUGAGCGUGUUGUUGGGUGGACAAAUAAGCGAGUUGGCGUUAGCGAACGCGAAGAAAAAUACGAAACCGAAACCGCCGACGUUUGGGAGUUGUUCUUCUACGUCUGACUGUCAAGGGGAUCGAAUGUUUUGCAUCGACGGUAAGUGCAGAUGUCCGGUGUUCUUUCCAGAUGGAGAAAAUUGCGACGUGCCGAGGGAGCCAGAAGAUGGAGACUGGUGUUUGACGCCGCUCAAAGAGUGGCCGAAAGCUGGGCCGAAAUACAAGAAGAACAAGAAAGUGUUGCACGACUUUAGCACGUGCGCGAUUGUAGGGUCCGCGGGAACGAUGCGAAACUCAAACUUAGGCGGCGAAAUUGACGCACACACUGCGGUCUUUCGAUUCAACGAGGCGCCACACAAAGGCUACGAGAAAGAUGUCGGUUCAAAGACGACGCUUCGAUUCCAAAAUCGCGACCGAUCGGGAUUCGCAGAGAAGGAUGGAGAAAUUUGCGUCGUUCGGGAAGGGAAGUGGUACAAGGGACAAAACUCGAAGGGAAAGUGUAGAUUAGAACAAAUGCCGGAUAAGGUGGAAAAGUACGUCGACGGACACUGGAAAGUACACAAAACAAACGCGCCGAAGGAUGUUGGACGACCGUGGAUGAGUAACGGGAUGGCGGGCAUCACGUUUGCAAUGCACAUGUGCGCACGAGUCGAUGUCUAUGGUUUCACUUUCGGUACCGGGUAUUAUUUCAAGAAGUAUUUAGGUAAAGCUAAGGAUUGGGGACGUCCAGGUGGGUUUAUUCGCCCGCCAAGCAAAGGUUUAGCGAACAGACACUCGUGGAUAAAAGAGCGAGAGUGUUUAUUAAAGCUAUCGGAAGAGCUUCCGAAUUCAGUUAUCGUACACGAGUCCGCUCAAAAGGGCGGCAGAGGUGGUGGUUUCGCACAUUCGACGAAAGGACGUCGUUUAUUGUUGAACGAUACGGCAACGAUGCACUGA